AUGCCAGAAACAGCAGAGGCUGUGUCAGCCACUCUCACCACCAACAGAAACUGCACCAUAGAAAUAACCAAUGUCAGCGGCAGCUACUGCCUCAUCAACCCCAAGGUAUUCAUGGAAAGUGGCUUCUCUCAGCACCCGCCCCAGCCGACAAUUCGUCCUGCCAUGACUGAAGUGUGCUCCUUCACCAAGGAUGACAACACUGCCACGGGCGCUGUCGGCUUACUGACCUAUGACCUAUUUCAUAUGCAGAGCCGGGUUUGCUCUGAGCGCAUGGCCAUCAUGUUCUCUGUGCCCUUUGACCGUAACCUGUACAAGAACCGACUGACCAUGGGCAUGGUUGAACAGUCCCGUGCCUGCGACAAAAAUCUGUACGACCAAAUGUAUGAUGGGAAAGACCUCAGUAGCUUUACCCGUUCUGACGCAAACGGCAGUGGGCUGGAAUACAGAGCCAAAUAUGUUGACUUGAGGGCCACAAUGUCUUCUAUCGGUAAAGCCAUUGUUAAAGUGGAGCUCUACGAUAAAAUGGGCCAUUAG